UCAUCAACUCCUGCCACCCCCGAACCCCAUAUUUGCAAACUUUGCAUUAAAAUUCUCUCAUAAUUUGUCUAGUCCAAGGUUAAAAACUCCUACUACAUAGUUUAAUACACAGCACCAUCUAGCAAAAACCUACAUAGUACAGUACCAAUGUAAUUAUAUUAUUAUAUAAGAUAUAGUUGUUGUUUAAGUAGUGUAGAACAAUGGUAUCGGAUGAUGGGAAUAAGAAUAAGCCAAGAAAUCUCUUUCAUAGAAGAGUUCUUAAAUCUUAUCAUAAAAGACAACAAAUUCAACAACGUAUGAAUACUAGUACUACAACUUCCUCAGGUGAAGAUGGAGCAGCUGCUGCAGCUUACCGAGAGGACGGUGACUCUGUGACUGAAAAACGUUUUCGCGUUAGAGAAAAUGAACCGAUUGAUAAGAGUUCGUCCAAUAAUAGUAUUAUUACUACGACUGUAGAGAGUAGUAGUAGUAGUAAUAAUACUAAUACUACUACUGUUGUUGAAGUUUUAACGGAAAGUAAAGAAUUGAAGUACGGAUUUAUAUCGAUGAUUGGACGUAGGAGAGUGAUGGAAGAUGCUAUAAAGGUUGGGGUUAGGGUUAGGGUUAGAGUGAUGGAUAAUAAUGAGUUUAUGUUUUUUGGAGUGUAUGAUGGUCAUGGAGGGUCUAGGGUUUCACUUGCAUGUCGUGAACGUCUUCAUUAUAUUAUUGAAGAGGAGUUACUAGAGCUAAACAGAAUGGAUUGGGAAAAGGUGAUGAUGACGAGUUUUUCGAGGAUGGAUGAAGAAGUUAGGGGAGUGGGGUAUGAGGAGGAUAUGGGGAGGACGGUGGGGUCCUCCGCAAUGGUGGUUAUGGUGGGGAAAGAAGUGGUGGUGGUGGCUAAUUGUGGUGAUUGUAGGACUAUGCUUUGUAAUCGUGGUGUUACUGUACCCUUGUCUCAUGACCAUAAGGCUGACAGACCAGAUGAGAAGAAGAGGGUAGAAGCAGCAGGUGGUAAGAUUCUAAAUUGGAAAGGUAGCAGAGUCCAAGGAGUACUUGCUACUUCAAGAUCCAUAGGUGAUCAUUGUCUAAAACCAUUCCUGAUACCAGAGCCAGAAGUGACAGUGUAUAAACGUAACGAAUGGGACGAAUUCCUAGUAAUCGGGACAAAUGGUUUGUGGGACGUCGUGUCCAAUGAGGUAGCGUGUGAAGUCGUAAGAAAAUGCCUGGACGGGCAAAUUCAGAGGAGGUUCCCCGAGAGAGAUAGUGCAGCGGAUGCCGCUGCACUUCUAACUGAGCUGGCCAUUGCCAAGGGAAGCAAAGACAACAUUAGUGUCAUAGUAGUUGAGCUUGAUAAAAUAAGCGACAUUAAAGUUUAGUUGUGAGUUCCAAAAAGUUCAAUUUUUGCUCUAGUGUUUGUUUGUGUUAAAUUCUCUUUUUGUGUGGCUAGUUUUUUUUUUUUUAAGGUUGAGUGACUAAAUUUGUUGGCAAGUCCAAUGUUUGUACAGUUUGAGAGGUGUUUUAAGAUUGGUUUGAGUCUUGAUGAGACAAAUCAUUCAUGUACAUGUACUAGAAUGUUUGGUUCAUCAAAUAUUGCAAUAAUGCUUUGUUACUUAAAACAUAUCAAAAGUGCACAAUAUAUGGCCAUAAUUUGUUGACUAAAGCAUUUAGUACUUCUGAAC